AUGUCUAUGACCGGGCUUGCCAGAUUACUACGGAAUAAACAAGGCCCUGUGAUGAUUAGGCUUGAUGAGUUGUGUCAUAUCAUUAUCUAUUAUAUCAACGAAUGCCAAACAGAUUCUCCAUGUCAUUCCAAUGCUACGUGCAAUAACACAGAUGGAUCCUACACCUGCACAUGUGAUUCUGGGUAUACUGGAGAGGGCUUUAAUUGUACAGAUGUAAAUGAAUGUGAAAUAUCUUUCCAAUGCCAUUCCAAUGCAACGUGCAAUAACACAAAAGGAUCAUACAUCUGCAAAUGUAAUCCAGGGUAUAGUGGAGAUGGAUUCACCUGCAUUGAUGUUGACGAAUGCCAAACAAGUUCAUUUUGUGAUUCUAAUGCGACGUGCAAUAACACAUUCGGGUCCUACAUCUGCAGAUGCAAUAUUGGAUAUACCGGAAAUGGGUAUUUCUGCGCUGAUUUGGACGAAUGCCAGUCAGAAUCUCCUUGCCAUUUUAAUGCCAGAUGCCAUAAUACAGAUUCCUCUUACAUUUGCACGUGUAAAUCGGGAUAUAGUGGAGACGGAUUUUCUUGUACUGAUGUGCACGAAUGCCUAACAUCUUCCCCAUGUCAUUCCAAUGCUACGUGCAACAACACAGAUGGUUCUUAUAUUUGCACAUGUGAUUCUGGAUACAAUGGGGAUGGAUUUAACUGCGCUGAUAUUGACGAAUGUGUGGAAGAUGGACCGUGUGGCUUCAACACAAUAUGUACAAAUACUGAUGGAUCAUACCGAUGUGAUUGUCAAACUGGUUAUGGGGGAACUGGAAUAAAUUGCACGGAUAUUGAUGAAUGCAUUUUAAGCCUUUGCGAUGUGAAUGCCAACUGCACAAACACAAUUGGUUCACACCUGUGUGAAUGUCAUACCGGUUAUGAAAAAAAUGGAACAAGAUGUACAGAUGUCAAUGAAUGUAAAGAUUCUCCGUGUGAUUUGAAUGCAAACUGCAGUAACACUGUUGGUUCAUAUCUUUGUGAAUGUAAAAACGGAUAUGAUGGAAAUGGAACUAAUUGCACAGAUGUGAAUGAAUGUUUGGAAGCUCCAUGUGGCUUUUAUUCAAUCUGUACAAACACUGAAGGAUCGUACGUUUGUGGAUGUCAAAUUGGAUAUGAAAGAAAUAGUGCGGAAAGUACGAAUUGUGCAGAUGUUGAUGAGUGUGCAAUAGGCCUGUGUAGUUUAAAUGCUAACUGCACAAACACGAAUGGUUCAUAUUUUUGCGUAUGCAAAAAUGGUUAUGAGGGAAAUGGGAGAAUCUGUUUAGAAGUGAUCGAUACUCCUUAUGGGUAA